CUAGUUUUUAACUACACUAUCAUAAACUGCAUUUGCAUCAUUCAAUUGGUCUGUAAGCUCUAGAUGGCUUAAAAUAUCAGCAGACUCUAAUUGGAUUGGUUUCUACCACACUCAAAAGCUUCAUUCAAGUUGUCUUUUUUCUUGAUCACUGCCUGAUAGUUAUCAAAUUCAAACAUUAAAAUUUUCAUUUUAUUGUAGAGUUUAGUCAUCUGUUCCAUAUAUGCAGCUCUGGACAAUUUUAAUGUCUCUGCCCUUUCACUUAACACCUCUAUGCGUAUUACUGGGGUCCUCACUCAUGCAGCCAUGAUUAUGAGCCUUGGUAGGCACUCCUUGAACUCUAAGAAAUGUUUCACUUUGUAGACAGACAGACAGGUAACAAGAGGAAAUGCUAAUGGGUUGUACUGUAUUCUUUAUUCUUCGUGAAUCAAUCGUGAAACAUUGAAAUUCCUAUUUCUUCAAUAAGUUGGCUAUGUACCGGUCCAUUCAUUUUCAUUCUCUUUGAGUGUUAAAACUUUUUAUUUGCUAUCUUCUAAGGUCUCCUAAGCUAAGGUCUUGCCUGUCUCACUACUUUAAUUUGUCUGCCAAAUUCAGCACAGAAAAGGCUAGCAGGUCUUGUGGACUACUUCUCACUUAUGCAAAUCAUAAGUGGAGAGACUGAGAUUGUGCUAGUUGCACUGCUAGUACUGCCAGUGCAAUCAUUGCACCUAUAUAAUCCAUUACAUUAGGGACAUUCAGAAUUACUGGCUCAGAGCAAAUGAGGAAGACCCUGGAAGCUGCAUUGUCAAGUGGCUAUCGUUCUAUAGACACAGCAGGUGGAUACAACAAUGAAAAAGACAUAGGACAUUCGCUACAGAAGCUUAUGCCAAAAUGCGGGUUAGAGCGCAAGAAUGUGUUCCUCACCAGCAAAUUAGCUCCUAGAGACCAGGGCAGUGAGAAAUGUCGACAAGCUUGCCUCAAGUCCAUCUCAGACCUCCAGUGUGGAUACCUGGACCUCUACCUGAUUCACUGGCCGGGUGCGCAGGGCUUCCAACACAGUGAUGACGGCAACAGAACUCUGAGACGACAGAGCUGGGAGGAGAUGCAGAAGAUGCACCAGGAAGGUUUAAUAAAGUCAAUUGGAGUGUCCAACUACACCCCCAGACACAUGGAGGAGUUACUACAGAACUCUGACAUCUGUCCAGCAGUGCUACAGAUAGAACAUCAUCCACAUCUCAUCCAGCAUGAACUGGUGAAAAUGUGUCGCUCCAAGGGAAUACUUUUCCAGGCUUACUCUUCCCUGGGUACAACAUCUGACACAAACAAGCUUCUAUCAGACCCAGCAGUGAAGGCAGUAGCUGCCCAGAAGAAGAAGACAGUUGCCCAGGUAUUGCUGAGGUGGGCAGUGCAGCAAGGAAUAGGUGUAAUACCCAAGUCAACCAAUCCAAGCCACAUCAGGGAGAACAUGGAUAUCUUUGACAUGGAACUCAUGCAAGAAGAAAUGCAGACAUUAAACAGUCUGGAUACACAAAAACACUACUGCUGGGAUCCCAACACAAUCACAUGAUACUGCUGAGAUCUGGCAUCUGCAGUUAAAUAUUGUGUUAGUUGUGACAUGAGAAAUUGUGUGAGCAGCUGCUUGAGACAGACAUUGUGUUAGUUGAGACACAAGACAUUGUGUUAGUUGAGAUUGUGCCAAAUCCUGCUUGUUAAGAUCUAUAUUUCUUUUGAUAUUGAAAGUGUGAUUGAAGUUCAUAUCAAUUUUUUCAUAUGCAGGGUAUUAAGCAUCUGGUUUUGCUGUUAGCAUCGUCAUUAUUGCCACCUUUGCAAUUGUCAUUUACCCAUACUACCAUCGUUGAUACUUUCAAAAGAAAAUCAUGCUACAUAUUUAUUGCAGUUACAGUUCUUAGAUUUUUUUAAACUAAAAGCAUUGAAAAUCCGGUCGAUGAAGUCUUUUUAUCUCUCUCUCUCUCAAAUUUUUUAGUUUUCUGAUACAGCCAAUUUAAGAUUAUGACUUUGAACUCCCAUGGGUCUGAAGUCCUGUGGUAGUUGUAUUGUCUGAACAUGAACAGUAACCCAUAAGAAAAAGCUUAUUCUAUUCUGUUAAAUAUUUUGUAACAUUUUUUAAUUGACAAAGAAUAUUUGGGGCACUUUCAUCAUUAAAUUGACAAUUCAUCAUUUUAAGAUUGUUUUUAUGUCACAGCUUGUGUCAGUUUUAUAUAUCUCUCCAUGUAAGAACUUACUAGUUCUUUAUUGUAGCUGAGACUAGAAUAACAAUCAAUAAAAAUUAUUUAUAGAUCAUAAGUCUUGACAUACAAACUUACUAAUUUGUUUGUUGUAGCUUUGAUUACAAUAACAAUUCAUAGUAAAAAAAGUAUUUAUUGAACAUAAGUCUUGACAUACAAACUUAAAAUAAAAGAUGAAAAUUGAGUAAGAUUUAUGGUUAUUUUGAAUCACAGGAAGUAUAUAUGUUGCAUUAAAACUAUAAUUACUCAAUCUUUUCAAUAGUAGUAAAUCGUGGUUUACAGAUGCCGUAUUUAAAGUCUUAAUUUCUUUUAAGUACAACAUUUUUACUGAGUGGUAGCAUCAAAUUAGAAGCAGGCUACUCUAUGGUUGUAUCCUAUGCUGUCAAAGCACCAGAAAUGCUAUACAGAAAUAUAAUUAUAAAAUUA